GUUGCCGUUCUACACAUAGAAUUAUUCGUUAUUCUAUGACAGUAGUUACACUUGAACAAAUAAAAAAUACUUGUUGUAGUGAGGUGGAGUACUGAUGUUGCAGAUGUGGUAGGCGAUACGGUUCGGGCGCCGCUGAAAUGCCGGAUCCCCCAACGCCUGCCAGUCAGGCAGAGGUUGGGCCCAGCAAAGAAAGCGCCGGUCAAUAAUACAGAGGCAGGGAAACUCAAACACGAAGUCUUCAAUUCAAGAGCCGUGCCUAGAACAUCACGGCCUCGUUCUUCGGAUUCCCGCCCAAAAUCAGCUAAUAGGACGAAAGAGGACCUGAUAUCAGGGAAGCCAGUGUUCAUGCCGCGGUCAGUUGUUCGUCCUGACAGGUCACCAGUGCCAAACAACAGAAGAUCGACAAUACCUACUAAGAGAGCAAUAAACCAAAUGGUUAACGAAGGUAGAGAAAUUAUAACAGUUCCCCUUGCUCAGAGGCAACUACAAAGGAUACAGAAGCUCCCAGACCAGGAAACAAUAAAAAAACGCGAAGAGCUGGAAAUUGAGGCUGACUAUUCAAAUAUACCGGUUGAUGAAGAUACACAGAGCGUAAUGCAAAUAAAAAUGAGUUGGCAAGACAAGAUGUGUCAGUUUGAGAAGAUGAAAAUUGAGCUCGACCAACGGCAGAAAGGAAUCAUGGAGCUAUACGCCACGUUGAGGAAUACCCACAAAAUGAUGGUGACGCUGGGGCAACAAGCCGAGUUACCAUCAGCCGAGGACUUGAGGGUGAUGAACGUCGCCAAGCUGUCUCCAGACCAGCUGCUACAGCUGUGUUCUGGGACUAGGCCUCUAGAAGAGAUUCAGUCAACCAAAGGCCCUGUGACAAUCGACAUGAACAAGUUGUACGACAUGCCUACCAAAUUGGUCGCCACCUGCGAGCAAACGUUAAUAAAGAGGAAGGAAAUCAUAGACUGGUUCGAAACGCUCAAAACUGAAGAUAAAGGCAUCAGCAUGAGUAAACUAACAAAGAAAAUCAACGAAUUCAACGCGGAAAACGAAAUGUUAAACUGUUCUCUUCAAACUUGCAAAACAGAGUUUUUGAGGGAGCUCAACGAAAUUGUUGAUUAUUUAAGACGGGGAGUGAACGAGACUAUGGCCCUGCAACUGCGCACAGAAGAGCUCAUGUAUGAGUUGUCUGAUCUCAACUCGCAAAACGUCGAUCUGAAGAAACAACUCCACGCGUCAGAACAUCUCAAGUCGCAAACUAAUAGGCAUAGACUUGAGGAGUUGGAGAAAGAGUUGAAGGAUGAGAAGUGCAAGAAGAUGGUGUUUAAAGAGCGGCUAACGAGGGCGGAGGGACAGGUGAAGAUCGGCAACGAGCGAGCGGCGCAACUGGAGGCGGCGCUUGAGUUGUCUCGGUCGCAAAAUUGGACCCUGGAGCGGACUGUUCAACAGCUACAUGAACAAAAUCAAAAGCUUCAAAUUGAUUUCGACAAAGAGCUGAACAAAUUGACGGAAUCUAUCAGGGACAAUACUGUACAUUUAGAACAAAUUGCCGAAGCUCGUGAGAAAUUACAAACGGAGAAAGAAGACUUAGAAAAACGUCUACAAGAUCUAACAAAAUGUUACGAUGACUCUCUUGGCAAUAUGAAGAAAGAACUUAACGCGAACAUAUCGAAACUAACUGAAACGGAGAAGAAAUUUGACGAAGAGAAAGAAGAACGAAAGAAACUAGAGUCGAAAUUAGAGUGUCUCUGUUCUCAGCUUCUGGAGUCUGAACUACGUUACAAAGACGCGCUGAAGCAGCUGCAAGAACAAGAUGCACAAUUGACUAAAGCACUGAGUAUCAAAACAGAAUGGGAAGCAACAAAAAGAGACUUAGAAAUGGCACACAUGGAAGUAGAUAAUUACAGGACUCGCUUGUUGAAACAGAAUGAAGCUGUUAAGGAAAUCGAACAUAAUUUCAAAGAAACAUUGAAUACCGAAAGGAAUUUGAAAGCUGAAUUAAAGACUAAAGAUGAAUAUAUAAGUGAGCUUGAAAAGAAACAAUCACUGUUAGAGGAGCAAUUACAGGAAAGUGAAACAAAAAUGGAGUCCUAUGAAAAUCAAUUGGCUUCUCUUAAAACUCACAUAUCGCAAUUGCAAGAGGACUUUGGAGAAUUUGAAAAUUUGAACCAGCUGCACGAUAUGGUUAUGUUGAAUCAACAGCGUACAAAACUAGCAGAAGCUACUCGACAAAAUAGUGAGCUGGCCGAUGCAUUGGCGAAGAAAGAGGUUGAGAUAGAGAGUCAACUAGAACAUUUGGCAGAACAAGAAGGCCUGCUGGAACAGAGAGAGGGGGUUAUCAAGAUGUACACAGAAAAAGAAGAAGAACAGUCUAAUAUUAUUAAGUUACUCCGAACAAAUUUGGAGAUAAGGACGCAAGCCGACGCAGAUCUCUCUCAACAACUGAUAGAAAAGAACUCCGAAAUUGAAUCACUUAUUACAAAUUUAGAGACAAGGAAACAACAAAUAUCGCAAUUGGAAAAAAUAAUCCUUACUUUAGAAGAGCAAUUACGUAAAGUACACUUACAAAGAAGGAAAGAUCAGGAGAAAAUGUCCUUGUUAGAGAAAGCAAUUACAGACUAUGAAUCCUAUCACAUUGAUGCCAAACGUAGCAUUGAAGAACCAGUCGACAACUUGGAUAACUUAAUAAAAAUUCUUGAAGAUGAAUUGGGCACUUCCUUUGACCACAAACCUGAAUACAACAAACCACUACAAAAGAAAAAGUAUGACGAUCGCAGAAAACAUGAAAAGAUGGAGGGUAUGAAUCAGGAUAUUCGUAAUGUUUCACUAUAUCCAACAGAACAAGAUAAUAUGCCAUCGAAAAUAAUAGUCGGAAAUUACGGAAAGACAUAUAACAUACCGCCUAGUGAUGACCGGGAUAUAGAUCGUAAGAAAGGUGCAGCGAACAUUGAGACGCAAAAGUGGCAGUCAAGCCCGGAACACCCCAUCACGUUAACUCCGACACCACACAAAGAUAUAACUCCUUAUAGAGGAAUAAUUCCUGUGGUACACCAAACAGCAGAACAAUACUUAUCAAGAAAUUUACAGUUUUUGAUGACAAAUCAACGAGAUGAUAAAAAAAGUAAAAUGUUUAAGUUUGCCGGCCAUAGGCUUUAGGCUUUAAAUUGUGUUGUAUUAUGUGUUCGUUUUGUCAGCUAUAAAUUUUUU